CGUUUGUUCUCUUGCCUAUCUCUUCUUAUUGAAUAUCCUAACUUACUCGCUCAUUCUACUCUACCACGUCGACUACUCGUUAUUUUCAUCGCCGGCCGAAGAAAACGAACAUACACUCCUUUACGUGGAAAUAAAACAUCGAUACCUACCUAUUUAUUCAAAAUGCAGUUCAAGACCCUCGCUAUCGCUCUUUUCGCCGCCGCAGUCACCGCCGAGAGUCUGCAAGAGCUUGUCUCGGAGAUUCCGUCCUGCGCGAAGCCAUGCUUAGACAGCGCCUCAACCAAGGUUGGCUGCUCGACUACCGACAACAAGUGCCAAUGCAGCAAUAUCGACGACCUGACUAAGGAGGCCAUUACCUGUGUGUCGACUUCUUGUAACACCGAUGACCUGGCCAAGACAACGAAGCUUUCCGCGGAGAUCUGCGCAAAUGUCGCGGCUGCCGCCGGUGGCGCUGCUGUUUCUUCGGUCAUAUCGAGUGCUAGCGCCGCUGCCACGUCUGCGAUCGGCUCUGUUGUCUUCGGCUCGGCUACCGAUGCGACUUCGACCCCAACUGCGACCCCCGGAGCCGGUAACCGGGCUGUUGCCGGUCUCGGUUUUGCUGCGGCCAUAGCUGCUUUAGCUCUAUAAAUUGUUGGCACGGCAUGGUGUGCUUAAUAGUAAACUUCUUUUAUACAACGUUUCGAUGGUCUUCAGAUCAUUUGUAUACUUAAAUCAAUAAGAGCAGUCGAGAAGGCUUAAAA